AUGAUCAGUCCAUUCGAGUGUGCCAGCGUAGCCGCUAAGGUACAGUCCCAGAACUGAUGCAAUAGCGCUUUCUACUAAUAACGUCACAAAUUUCUGGUGCCUGCUGUGACUCAGACAUUAAACCCGACCAGUGUAAGAGUUUAGUAUGGGCAAGUCACGUUCGGCAACAAAUUUUGGUCGUCUUUGAAGAUGUUUAUCGUUAAAGGGAACAAAAUCCAGCUUGGUUUCGAUAAUAAAUGUCCUGAAAAUAAUCAUCUCGUGCGAAGACAGCGUUAAACGUGAAAAAACUGUACAGAUGAGUGGUUUUAUUUCUUAUGCGGCGCCAUAAUGCUGUGUGUAAAAUUAUGUUAAAAUGUGUGGAGAGCAGGGCUUCAUAGCUGUGCGUUAAACGGUUCAUUUGGUUAAAUUUAUAGGCAAAGGUUGCCUAAUUUUUUUUUGGAGUGCUUAUGUUACGCUACUUAGUACUACAGGAUAUAAAGUACGGGUACUAAAGUAUUCGUCGCAGAUUCAUAUGGCUGGCCUACCUGGCCGCACAACAACAGAACAAACUUAUACAAUUCCGGUUUGUGCUAAUAUUGAUGUGCUUUUCUCCUUAGAUAUUCGGUCACAGGCUUGCAAUUGCGAGGAGCACAUCCAAACUCGAUCUUCUCUUUAGCAAUUUCGGUUUUGGAGUAUUACACAGCCAAUAAUGUUAUGUCAUGUUUCAGUGCACACCGGUGCUUUCUGCUAAGACACAAAGCUAGGGAUCCGAUUUCAGUAGCUUUCUUUGAUCGAGUCGCUUUAUUUUCUGAUUUUAACCAUUUAUUUGAGUUACUGGACCAGGUUUUGCUCCCAAUAGCAGUAGUGCCUUUUAUAUAUUGGAAUUAUGCUCAAAAAACAUUUUAAAAACGCUCACUGCGAAUUUUAUGAACAAUUUUCAUGUCGGAUACGUAUGUUUCCCAUACAAAGCCUUGGAGUUGAAUGCAAAGUUUGUCUGAGUCAUGCGGGGGGUCUAAGGUGACAAAACCUAUUUUUAGUAAUAGUCAUUACUUUCACUUAUUUCACGUGCUCUCCUAAAUUUAACUUAAAAUCAGAUAAUGACUUGCAAUUUACCAAGUCAGCGGGCAGUGAGUUCCACUCAGUAAUUGAUCUAGGAAAAAAGGAAAACUUAAAAACGUCCUUAGAGACUUUUGGCAUCCUAUACUUAAAAGCAUGGCUGUUGCGUGUUCUUAAUUCACUGUUUGGUAUUAAGUGUUCUUCUGUGUUUAUGUCUACUAGAUUAUGACUAAGUUUGUACAUUAAAGUCAAUCUGUUUUUCUUUAGUCUUGUUUCUACUUGCUGUUUUGGAGAAGUUUUGAAGGCAAAAACGAGCAGCUUUUCUUUGAACUCUCUCCAAGGUUGAAAUAUCUUUUUUGUAGUGUGGGUCCCACGAGGCACUUGCGUACUCCAGUUUGGGUCGGACGAUGCUGGUAUAGGCCGUUUCACGUACUUUCCUGGGACAGUCCCAGAGAUUUCUCUUGAUCAACCCCAAUAAUGCUGUUAUCUCCAAUAAUGCCAAUAGUUCCACCUAUUCAAGCUGUCUUUUUGGGAUAAGUAAACUUCAAAGUAGUUUCUGUUAGAGGGAAAGUAUAGUUGCAACAGCUCUUUUCGAGAAGGAGAGUUAAUUGUAUUAUAUUCUGUUGAUAAUUACGUCGUAAACAGUUUAAGCCAUUUUUUUCAAGUGGAAUAUUUGUCGCAGAAAUUUGCAUGAUCGCAUAUUAACAUCGCAUGUUUUAGAAAAAUCGGUUUGGUGUGGAAAUAAGGGUAAGUCAGCAAUAGUGGAAAACAUUGUCCUUGAAGUUUAAUGGGAAAAAUUAGCAGUAAAAAUGAUCAGUCCAUUCGAGUGCGCUUAAUAUUGAUAUAAACAGAUAACCUCGACUCGGUUACCCCGGCACAAUGUAAGUCGAUUAUUUUUCGGUUUUAAGAAAAAAGAAACCAAAGACUUCCCCAACACUAUGUAUCUAUAAUAAUUACACCAGGAAUAUAUAUUUUUUUAACACUUGAAGGUUGUACCAUCUUGUUAAAGCAAAGGAUAUUACUCUGUAAUACCUAUAAGCUUACAUUAAGUUUUCAUAAAUAGCAAAAAAAAUUAAUAAGAUUUACAUACAGCUGCAACUGUUAUGCAUGAAGCAAUUUCAUAUCAUUCCACAUCAAUGGUUAGUGCAAGUGGAGUCAAACAUGUACAGUGAAACUUGUAUAAUUUAAGCAGACACCUCAGAGAAUGCUGUAGUGCCCACUCAAUACAAAGUUUCUUCCUACUACAUACAGGUUUCGAUAGAAAAUGUCAUAUGAGGCAGACCUGCUAACUCUCACAAUUCUGCCUCGAGUCACACAAUUUUUAAACUUUUCUCAUGGUCUCACGACAAGACUCCCAAUCUCAUGGUUUUCUGGGAAAUAUUCUAAAUUGAAAAUUACCUUGUUUCAAGAAUUAAAACAUAAAUUUUGUGGGGAAAUUCUUGUGCCUGGAUAAGCUUUGACUAUUUUAGCCAUGAAGUUGUCUUAGCCCAAAGAAAUGACUUUGCUGUAUGUUUUUUCACACCUAUUUUCUGGCCUCUUAAAGUCAUUAAAGAAAAAGUGGCACCUAAUUUGUUACAUAAGGGACCACACUAAAGCAAGGUUAUAUUUAAAUAAACAGUUGAUUCCACUAAUGGAAAAGGGGUCAUUUAAUUUUGAUCGGGAAAAAAUAGAAUCUCACUACUUUUUGUAGAAUCUCCCGAUUUAUUUUCAUGAGUCUACAGAUUUUCCUUUAUCAGGGGUUUGCAGGUCUGUAUGAGGAGCUAAGUACCAUUCAAAUAAAAGGCAGAAACAUUUGGAAUACUCCCAGAGAUAUGAUGACAUACAUUUGCAUUAAUAUCUUUAUUUGUGCAGAUUUAAACCUAGAUUGUACCUCAAAUUUUAAGAUAUCAAAUGAGUAAAACAAGCUUUAUACAAACAAAAAUGAAAUGAGAAAGUAUUGCAACUCAUUUAUAUAAUUUACAGAAGUCCCCUGGUGACACUAGCCAAGUGCUGAUAGGGCAAGACUCCCAAUCUCAUGGUUUUCUUGGAAAGCAAAAGGCAUCUUAAAAUAACAAAAGGCACAUAGGGCUCAGCCGAAUGGUACCAUAAUGAUGUCAAAACGUAUGGAAACAGGCCUUUUUUCUGAAACCUGCCCCUUUCCCCUAUGGCUAUUUUUAUUUGCGUUUACCCUACCUCACCUCCCCUCCCUGUACCUGAUGAAACAAGGCUUUCAACAGUUUGUUGAGAUAGGAUGCUUUUUGUUUUAAAGGAUGAGCUCAUCAUAUUUUAUUAUCGUAGAGACGGGGGUAAGAUAAGUUAACAAAAAUAGACAGAUUAUUAUAGGUGGGUUACUCAUUUUUACAGCUAUCCCUGGAAGAAGAAAUAGACGUAAGGAGCUGACUGGCAGCCACUGAGAUUGAGGAGAGGAGAAAGGAAAUUGAAAGAGAAGAGAAAGAGUUGAAAGGAAAAGGAGAAAGGUUAAGACAAAAAGCAAAAGAAAUUAAAAAUACAGUAAUAGAGGCCAAGCGGGUAGCUGCCUAACUGCAACUAAUGGCAGCUAGACUGCUUGGCUAACCAAAUUCUAGAAGAGACCAAGAAGUAAAAGAAAAGUGCCAGUGUAAGAAAAUUUUAUUGAUAACAAACUGUUUCUUUCAAUCAAAGUCAAUGUGCAAAGUUUUAAAUGUAAACAAGUCUAAGUCAGACCUGUUAUGCUAGAAAGAAAACACAUUUGUUCAGUAUAUAAAAAAUAAAAGGAAACUGGUUCUUCUAAUUUCUCGUAUCCUGUAUGGUCUCUUCUUGCUCCAUGGAAUCCACUCCAUCUAACAUCCUCCACUUCCCGCACCGCACUACUCUUUUCGUGGAAUCUAUUAUACUAGAUCUUUACAGAAAUCCAGUAAGCAGCACCUCCUCCAUCAUACACUGCAUUUUUUUUCUCAUCAUCUACAGAGUAUUCCCAACCAAGGAAGCACCUAAUUAUAAAAUCAGUCAGAUAAAAAGAGAUUAUUAUUUAUACAAAAGUCAAAAUAAAUAAAUAAAGGCAAUAUUAUUACUUAAAAUCCCUAAUUUUUUUUUAAGCAUCUUUUAAAUCAGAUAUUAUAAUGGUUUUCCUCACCUACUCCCUAAACUUCAGAUAAUAUAGGUGAGUUAAGCCACAAACACCACCCCUCCCCCCCCCCAAGCAAAGGUAAAAAAAUAUGUCUCCCUUGAAUUAUAAAUUUUUGUAACUUCAAGCAACCUAUCAAGAUAAUCCAAAGACUGGUUUCUAAUCUUAAACCAUUAGCUAAAUGACUACCUGUCAACCUAAUUGUAAUCAUACCAUAGCAAUGGCAAGGCUAUGUGAAAUAUAUUAGCAGAGGCAGUACAAGAGCAAAUUUUAAAGAGAAGCUUUAGAGCUAUUAUAAUGGAACACCUAUAGUCAUGAAACGAUUGUCUUUACUAAGUUACACUUACCCGAGAAAUUACUACAAAGCUACAUCAGCUGGGUGAUAAGACUGUACAAGCUGGGUGAUAAAACUGUACGAGCAGGCCCUGAAGAUUGUUGGAACUCGACAGCGUCAUUUGAUGUAACUGACAAUAGCAUGGAGUCCAGGUAAAAAGCAUCAAUGAUUGAAAAUUAAACUGAUGCCCCUGCACUCCCACUCCCAGUAGAUCCCCUGCCUUGACAUAACCUAAUAAACAUACAUUGAUGCUCGUGUCAUUUUCUGAAAUCGUGUAGUUAUUUAACUAUAUUUGAACUUUGGUGUCUUUAUUGAACUACACAAAAAGGAAAACCGAAAAAAUGUAACAUAAAAAAGUCUCUUUUUAUAUUGUAAAAGUGUGAGAAGGAUGAUGAUAUUCAUCGCAUGAAAAUCGUGCAAUUUUUUAUAUCCUUAGAAUUUUUUCCCCCUCAUUUUUAAGAUGCGGACGCCCGAGGAAACGCAUUUUCAUUAUUACACCAUUGAAACGCUUAUGCACUAGUCAGUGGAAAGCCCCGCACCCCCAUACCC